AUGGCGAAGGUGAAGUUCAUCUUUGCUUCUGUGCUUCUCCUUGUCAUUGCUUUCUCUCAUGCAGUUAAUUCUGUUGAGGGAAGGCAUUUAAAGACAAAGCAGUCUAACAAGAAGAAGAAACCAAUUAUAACUACUCCCACCAGAGAGAAGAGCAGUCACGAAACUGCAUCAAGAAAAGUUGGUGGUGAGAAUGGAAGUAAAACGAUGGCGGAUGUAGCAAAAGAAUUUCAGCCAGCAGGUGCAGCCCUUGUUGAUAUCGUAGACAUUGAUGAAGCUUCUGUAAAUCCUGCAGUUCCAUUAGACGACGAUUCAUCACCAUCACCUCCACCACAUCAUAUGGAAGACUUCCGGCCAACGGCCCCUGGUCACAGUCCAGGAAUCGGCCAUUCUGUUCACAACUAG